AUGUCCUCCAGCCGCCGCGGCGUCGGCCUCUCGGCCUUCGACCAGCACCGCAUCACGCAGGCCCAAUACGCCUCGCACGGCAGCAACCUGCGCACGCAGCAGGCGCGCUCGCUCGAGACGCAGCUCUCCGUCUUCCAGUCGCUGCUGCACCAGUUCAGCAUCACGCACGCCAAGGACAUCCGCUCCAACCCCACCUUCCGCGCCGAGUUCGCCCGCAUGUGCAACGCCAUCGGCGUCGACCCGCUGGCCUCGUCCAACCGCAAAGGCGGCGGCGGCGACGCCAAGAGCGGGGGCGGCAGCGUCUGGGCGCAGAUGCUGGGCAGCAGCGUCAACGACUUCUACUUCGAGCUGGCGGUGAGGGUCGUCGAGGUGUGUCGGGAGACGCGGGCGGAGAAUGGGGGCAUGAUCGCGCUGAAUGAGGUCAGGCAGCGCGUGCAGAAGGGCCGGGGCUUUGGAGGUGGCAUGGAGGCGUCAGAUGACGACGUCUUGCGAGCUGUAAAGUCGCUCGAGCCGCUCGGGUCGGGCUUCACCAUCAUGAGGCUCGGCCACAAGCAAAUGAUUCGGUCGGUUCCAAAGGAGCUCAACACAGACCAGUCGGCCGUGCUAGAAGCUAUACAGGUGUUGGGCUACGUCACGGUAUCCAUGCUGCAGAUCAAUCUGGGUUGGGAGCGCGCAAGAGCAGUGGCUGCCAUCGAAGAUCUCCUGGCAGACUCGCUGGUUUGGGUGGAUAAGCAGACAGAAGAGACUGAGUAUUGGUCCCCGACGUUCAUCACGGAUGCGGCAGCGAGCGAAGGAGACUGA